AUGAUUACAUUGAAAGACCUGCCCGUCGAAAUCCACAUACAAAUACUAUUCUACCUCGACUGGCGGAGCAAGUAUUACUGCUCCCUCGCCUCGAAAACAUGGCGAGAUGUCCUCCUUGUCUAUGGUCAGGACUCUCGCCUCGCUGACUGUAGCCAUUACGAAGACACAAUCAGGGUUCUGGGUCAACAAGGUAAUCCUCUGCCCCCUAGGCGUCCAGGAUAUCACACCCUUUUCCAAGGAAAUCUAGUCUGCUACAUGAAGCUAGGUUCUGAAGGAAACAUCAAAGCUGUAGCAUUUGGGCCCCGGCUCAGAGCUUUAAGCAAACCCAUCAAAUUGAGUUCACCAACGAUGCAAUACCCGAUUAUCACAAGUCUAAAUCAUUGUUUUCUUCUCAAUGAUCCAAUAUUCAAAAAACCUACAAAUCUUCCUGAUGAUGGGACAGGAGAUCCGCGCCGUAUGUCACUUGAAAUGUCUGUGGGAAACAAUAAUACGAGGUGUUAUGUAGAAAACAAAGUAUGGUUAUUCUCCGAAGAAGCUCGUAUUAAUAGUAUCACGAUCAAGGAGUUUCUGAAUUUAGUGGUGGAAAAUUUACGAGAACACGCUUCUGAGGAAUGGUUGACGAAUAGAAAAUGGGUUAUGGUGAGAACUAGGAGAUCGAACCCAUUCCUGAUAACUAUUUACGCAGAACUUUUCGAAGCGCCACCGGAACCCAUAAAAAAGAAAGGGAAGUUUAGACAUCUCCUAACAUUUUGGCAAAGAUCUCGGUCUGGAUUUUAA